GUACGACAGUAUGUUCCAGGACCCCCGGCAGCAACCAGGUCCGCCCUCGGGUACCUGGCGAAUGACACAUCACUCGCCCUGGAACCGUUGCGAGGAAAUGAACGCAAGUCGUUUCCUUCUGUCAUCGUCCACAAGCCACUACCGAUACAAACCGUCGAUUCCACAAGCAGAAGCGAGUCAAGUUUGGUCGGUUAGUGAAUGAAAGCGACGUCGGGGCACCUGACGCGGCCGUCGCUCCGUCACACCCACACGAGCCUCUGCUCAACUUCGGUGAUUGGGGCGCGGCUGGAGGAGGCCCUAGAGGGAAGGACUUCGCGGAAGAAACGGAGGAUCCUUUUCCCUGUUUUUCCUCCGGGAUUUUCGUCCUUCCGAUUCCACUUCUGUGUCGGGAGGCUCUCGCCUUCCCCGCGUCCCGUGCUCCUCCGCCCUCGAAGUCGCGGUUCCUCUCCGGCCCGACGCCCUAGCAGGACCCCCCUAACACACCAAGGUGCUUCGGGCGGCGUUGAGGGGUGCGCUGAAGACGGCGCCCCCAGAGAUGGACGUGUGUGACCUGGAGGGCCCGUGGGGUCCCCACCACCACAUCGCGUCCUUCACCUGCGAGAAGGACAGCCUCGACCACAAGAGAAAGGGAAGCAAAGGAGACUUCGUCCCGAUGCCCGACAAGACUCAUGCGGCGCAGCAGCUCCACGCCCUCCUGCCGACCAGACCCGACGUCGCCUUCCUCCGCACAGACCAGUCCUUUCUCCUCCGCUUCCUGAGAGCGAGAAAGUUCCGUGUGGGCGACGCCUUCCUGCUCCUCUGCCGCUACUUCGAGUACCGUCAGCGCCACCGGGAGUUGUUCCGGGGCCUGAACGUGGGCGGGGGCGGCGAGGGCGGCGGGGUGGGCGGGGGCGGCACCACCGGGAUCCAAGCGGCGCUGCUGGACGGUCUCCCGGGCGUGUUGGCGGAGCGGGACCCCUGCGGCAGGCCCGUCAUCGUGCUCCUGGCCAGCAACUGGGACCAUUCCAGAUAUGACGUGCGCGUGGUGUAUCAGGCGGUCCUCCUCACCCUCGAACGCCUGGUGGAGGACGAGUCAGUGCAGGCGAACGGCGUCGUAGCGAUUCUGGACUGGUCGAACUUCCCCGCCCGACUCACCACCAGCCUCUCGCCCAAACUUCUGCGGCUCAGAUGCCUUCCCUCUGCGCCUGGGAGCAAUUCAUCUAGUCAAUCAGCCCUGGUACGUGGAAGCGGCGUUGGGGCUCGCCAGGCCGUUCCUCAAGGAGAAACUUCGAUCUAGAAUCCACGUCCAUGGAAACAACCUUGCGACGCUGCACGCUCAGGUUCCUCCCAGACUCCUUCCGGCAGAGCUUGGGGGCGAAGGCGCGGAAUACCACCCCCACACAUGGGCCUCCACCAUGCUAAAGCGCACGCCGAGCCAGCAGGAACCACCCCAGCAGCAACAGGAGCAAGAACAAAAGCCGCUGGAGCAGCAGCCGAAGGAACAGCACCAGGGGCAAGCUAACACGUGUGCGCGCAGCCCAGAGAGCAACGGCUACAACGGUUUUAACGGUCCCGCAAAGAAAACGCAGGAAUCGCCGCGCUCUUUCGCGAAGGAGAGCCUCAGCCUGAGCACCUCGUGUGACCUGUCCUCGGAGAACACAGCCUCCCCGCCCUCGCCCGACACGCCCUUAGUCAACAAACCCGAAACUAAUAGCACCAUCGCUGCUAGCUUCACGGCCAUGAUCUUCGGGAAGAGCGACUCAGAUAGCAAGUCCAAUGGGAAUAUCAGCGACGGGGAGGAGGUGGCGCUGAAGGCCCAUUAGGAGUUCUCGCUCGUGGUUUGGUUCAUCACGCGUUCGUGUGUUGAGAGCGCGAACUGGGGAUUUUCAUCAAGGCAAAAAAUGUAGGCUGCUCUGUGUCUGUAUUUCAGUGUCAUGUUAGAUUCUUGUGCUUUUUUAAAUUUUGAGUUUUUUUGUACUCUAAGCAUGGUAUUUUUUAUUCAUAUUAUUUUCGCUAAUUCCACAAUGCAAAAAAGAAUAGGAUCUUAAUCAAAAUCGGUGUUUAAAUAAUCAAAUCAAAAUACAGAAUUUAAACAUGUUUAUGGCCCCUGGCAGGCCGUAAUUAAACAGC